CGCAUAUCCGGAAGUUACGCAACCCCAUACGGCAGCGCGCCCCUACCCGUGGGGACAGUUUCCGCCAUUUUUGAAAAUCGGGAAGGUCCCAAGCUAAGUGUAGUUGCCGCCGCGAUGGCAGCCUUUGCCGUGGAACCCCAGGCACCCACGUUGGGAUCUGAACCAAUGACUGGUUCACCCACAUCUCCAAAGCCAGGGGUUAAUGCCCAGUUCUUACCUGGAUUUUUAAUGGGGGAUUUGCCAGCUCCAGUAACUCCACAACCUCGAUCAAUCAGUGGCCCGUCAGUGGGAGUAAGAAUGAGAUCACCUUUACUGGAGGUAGGUGGGUCACCACCACAACCAGUUGUACCAGCUCAAGAUAAAACGGGAGCUCCACCAGUUAGAAGUAUAUAUGAUGACAUUUCCAGCCCAGGCCUUGGAUCAACACCUAACUCAAGAAGACAGCUAAACAUGUCAGUAAUGCAGAGUCCUCUUGUUGGAGUUACGACAGCUACUCCUGGAACAGGACAAAGUAUGUUUAGUCCCGCAAACAUUGGUCAACCACGAAAGACAACGUUAUCUCCUGCCCAGUUGGAUCCUUUUUAUACUCAAGGAGAUUCUCUGACUUCUGAAGAUCACCUCGAUGAUACAUGGGUGACUGUGUUCGGGUUUCCUCAAGCAUCUGCUUCCUAUAUAUUAUUACAAUUUGCACAAUAUGGGAAUAUCUUAAAACAUGUGAUGUCUAACACAGGAAAUUGGAUGCAUAUUCGUUAUCAAUCUAAACUGCAGGCCCGGAAAGCCUUAAGCAAAGAUGGGAGGAUUUUUGGAGAGUCCAUCAUGAUUGGUGUAAAACCAUGUAUAGAUAAAAGUGUUAUGGAAAACAGUGACAGGUGUGCUUUAUCAUCUUCAUCUCUAGCCUUUACACCACCAAUCAAAACCUUAGGUACACCAACCCAACCUGGAAGUACUCCUAGGAUUUCUACCAUGAGACCUCUUGCUACAGCAUACAAAGCUUCUACUAGUGACUAUCAGGUCAUUUCUGACAGACAAACGCCAAAAAAAGAUGAAAGUCUUGUAUCCAAAGCAAUGGAGUACAUGUUCGGCUGGUAGUAUAAUGACAGCUAAGAACUCAACUACAAAGGAGGAAGCUGCUACAUUCAAAUAGUUGGUGGAGUACUGCCAGUUUUCCUUGGGUUAGUUAUAUAACCACUCCUGGCAGUAUCGCAUAGCUAUCUCAUACUUCCUUUAGAAGCCUUUUUCUUUUAAGGAGACAGCAUAUUUGUAGCUCACACUUUAAAAGAUACGUUUUAAAGAAAGAAAACUUGAAAUAUGUUUCAAAGAAAGAAAAGUCCCAGAAAUUAGGAUUUUAUGCUUUCUGUGGUAGUGCAUGCUUAAGCACAAAAAACUCAUCAGCAUUGAUUACUGUAAAUCAUAUAAUUGAGUUUUCAGUGAGGCUGUGUUGUCUUCAUCAGUUGGUGGGGUGAAUUUCAUGAAGGGUAACUUGUACAACUGCUUCUGACAAGACACAAGGAUUAUAAUUAACAAUUUGAAUUAUGGCCUAAUAUUU